AUGAAAGGACAUAUCAUGUAUCAGAGGCUUUAUGGAUUGAUUCUCAUGUCCAGUUUUAUCUUUCUCACAGAUGCACUUUCACUAAAAGGAAAAAGGCUGGAUUUUUAUGGAAGAGCUCACACAUAUGUAAGCCUGACCAACACCAUUCCUGAACUCAUUUGAUUCACAGAAUACAUUGACCUGGUAUUUGUGGAUGACAAAUCAAGUGAUUGUUUGGCCAUCUCCUAUAUUAUUAGUAAUAUAUUAUUAUCAAAUAUAGGAGAAGACAUAGACCUUGGGCUUGCAGGAGAUCACCAGCAGUUAACACUAUACAACUUGUGCAAAACCUUUUAUAUCCAUUACCACUUGAUUCCAUUUCAAUGGCAUACAGUAUGCUUGAUAUGGGAUGGCAUGAAAGGCAAAUUAGAGCUCUUCCUGAAUAAAGAAAGAAUACUGGUAAUGAUGGGUCAACCACAAAACCUGACACCUAAUGGGACUCUGUUUCUAGGACAUUUUCUUAAGAAGAAACAGGUUAAAAGUAUGGUGCCUUGCUUCACUGGUAGCUUGUACUACUUACAACUCUGGGACUACAUCCUGGAAAAUGAGGAGUUUAUGAAGUGCUUGGGUGGAAACAUAGUUAGUUGGGAAGAUGUUUGGCUCGUCAACAAGAAUCCAACUGUUGACACAAGACUGCGCUGCUUUGUUUCUGAAAAUAUGACAAUUCAAGAAACAAGUACAAUUCUUUCACAGCAAAUAGAUUUAACAACCCCAUCCCAAAUUACUGGACUAAAACCUCAAAAUACUGUAUAUAGUUCUACAAUUAUGUCUAAAGGCAUACCUGUAUUUAAAACUGAUUAUAAAACCAUAUCAUAUUCCAAUACAACAUCUCCACCUCUGGAAACAAUGACUGUACCAAAAUUUUUAAAGACAUCCAUUUCUGAGACAGCUACAUUCAUAGCAGACAUUUUGUCUACUUCAGCAGCUGUUGCUCUACCCACCAAGAAUACUUCCACAGGCACUACUACCAAUUCCAUGAAAAUAACUAAAUCUCCAUCUUCAGAGAACACAGUGACAACAAAAAGGGCUGGAGCAAUUUUUGAGACCUUUUAUCCAACUACAGCUACUAAUUUCUUAUACACAUCUGGAUUUACCAAGAAUUCAAUUGUACCCAAAACUUCAGCGAUUGGAUCGCCACUGGCCAUUAUGAAGACAGCAUCUUUAUGCUCAUCUAUUGAGUCAACAUCCAAAUCUACACCAUCAUGGCAUAAACACAAAUCCACAGGUAUUGGAGCACUCCCUAUCUCCACAGCUAGCCAGGAGUUUCUUGCAUCUACAGUUGCUAGAACUGUACCUUGGUCCACCGUGAAACAGACUUCCACUCACAUUGGGACUGCAUCAGCAUUCCCACCUAUGUCUGUGCUCAUCUCCAAAGCUGCUCCAGUAGAUACUGUAUUUCCUAGAAAUCAGAAAGCAUCUACAUUGGCAAUGACUGAUAAAAAAAUACCAUUUACAGUUCAUUCAAUGACACUUCCAUCUAAGCCUAUUGAGACGACUUCUGAGCUAAGAACAGUUGAAACAGAAUUGACAUCUACAAAUUUCCAGGAUGUCUCUUCACCCAGAAUGGAGGAUACAAUAUCUAUCUCCAUGCCAAAAGAGGCCUCUUCUAUGGCCCUUUCUUUCAGGACAUCCUCUUCAUUAACCAGAGCUCAGAGUGUACAGACAAAUAUUGAUACUGAGACCACACAUACAUCCUUGAUUCCUGGAAUCACACUUGCACCUGCAGCUGAUGAAAGUAUGCUUUCCCCCACAGUUACUGGGUCAGAAUAUACCAAGAAUACACCCACAGAUGGUGAAAAUGUGUUUCCUUUUAUCUCCACCAGAUCAGCUUUCAUAUCCAGGGCAUCUGAGUCUGGUCCCACAACAAUAAGUGAUGAAGGUGCCCAUCUAUUUACCAGUGAGAUCAAUUGGACUUCCAGACCAGACCAAACUCUGUUGACAUCAAUAUUCCAUGGAAAUACUUCUAAUACAGAACAUUCAUCCACAACUGCUGAUGUUAAUAUACCUCCAGAAGCAUCCAUAGAAAGUGAGGCUACCACUACCGCUGAUGCUAUUAUUAAUACUGAUACCAUAAUAGACAGAUAUACAGCAGCUCUAUCCAACUUGACAUCUCCGUGUUUGGCUAAUUUCUCCAUAGUUUCUAGAACCACAUCUGUAAACAAACUGCCUGAGUUUAAACUUACCACCUUACUGCUAAGAACCACCCCUAGGUCCACAGUAGCUGGAAAUGAACUUCUUUCAACAUCAAAGGAAACAGUUUUUCCACCAGUAGAUAUAAUAUCUACCCUUGCUGACACUGAACUAGAUUUUUCUACUGAGAGUGCUUCUGAGACUACACAAACAGAGGUAAAAAAUACAAUUGCAUUUGGAGAGACAACAAUCCCUGUACCGGAGUCUGCAACAACACAAAGAUUCAAUGCUUCUGUGACAAGGAAAGAAACAACUUCCCAUUAUCUUAAGGGAAGACCAACUAUAGCAGCAACAACAGAGGUUUCUCCAUUUGCAACAAUGCAGGAAGCAACAGAUGAGUCUAUACAAAUGGUGACAGCUUCUGUCGUUGUUUCCCCUUUUCCUGAUUUAGAAAAGUCGACUUCCCCAUUGGAUAAUAAAACUGCAACUACUGAGGUGAGAGGAAGAUGGCUUUCGCCAAAAUCAGUUAAAACCACACCUGAGACUUCCUACAAUGGAUCUACAGAAAUCUUUAAUUCCACCCACACAUACACAGCAGAGUGGACUUCAGAGACUCCACCUGAAGGUAAUCCAACUCCAUAUCCCACUUCUGGGAGCACAAAGGCAUUCCCUGAACCCCUGGUUGCUUCUACCAUAAGAAUAUUGGAAACCAGUUUUGCCACUAUUCCUACAGAGAGGACAGCUAUGUCCUUGUCUACUGGUAUGUUGCCUCCACAACCUACAAGUACCCAUUCCUUAACAACCCCUAUGCCUAUUAUCCAUAUGUACUCACUGCCAGUUAAUGCCUCUGCUGUCACCUCUAUGGUGAUGUCUGAAGAGACUAAGGUUACCAUGUCUGAGCCUUCUGCACUGGCCAGGGCUUCCUCCACAUCUGCAUUCUCAGAUGUCUCACCUCUGUCAUCAGCUAUACUGACUACAGCAUCGGUGCCACCAGUGGAUAAGACUGCUUCCACAGCCAGCGAUAUUGUGACACCUAUAGCAAUUUCCUUUCUGACAGAAACUACAGUCUCCUCAUUGAGACCUACCAGUCCUUUGGCAACUAAGGCUGAGACCACUUUUCUGUCCACCUCAGCUGACAGAGUAACUUCAUCCACACCCACUCUUGCCUGCUCUAAAUAUCUCCCUGACAAUAUUUCUGUUGUGACCUCCACUCAUAUGAUCUCAACAAUGUCUAUACCAGUAGCAACCCAGUCCACAUCUCGAGUAGAGGAUGCUUCCACCCAUGCUCUCAGCUUCCCGAAUACUUUCAAUGGCAGUGGAGAUGUUGUUAGCUUGAUUACUGCCACCACAGAAAAUUAUGUUAUUGAUGAGACCAGGCCCUCUGCCAACAAGCUUACUACCUCAGAUGGUCAGAUUUCUCAAUUUUUCACAGGUCUUGCAAACAUACUGGUCCCCACUCUAUCAGUGACUCAUAUUUCUACCUUAACUUCUGACAAAGAGCAGAUUAUCACCUCCCUAGGAAAAACCCUUGGAACUAUGGAGGUGACAGAGAUAUCCCCAUCAAAUAAUCCUUUUAUUUCAGAGUCUCAGAGUUCUUCAUCCUUGGAAAUGACAGAUACAGGAUUUGCUGAGACCACAAAAAUGUCCAGUCAUCAAACACAUUCACCUUCUUCAGAGAGUCCACUUGUAACUCCCCCUGAUGGAAUUUCAGCUUCAUCUCCCACAUCUGGGCAUACACAGACUAUACCUACCACCUGGAUCUCAAGUAACACCGAUGUUCACAUUUCAGAAAUGUCUACCAGUCUUGGGAAAACAGCUUUCCCUUCAAAAGCUCUAACAAUUACCACAUUUUUGUCUCCUGACAAAGAAAGCAUAAGUGCCCUCUCAAUAUAUACUUGCAGGACUGAGAAAAUGACAGUAAGAACCACCUCUGUGACUCAACCUUUCUCAUACCACCAGAACACUUCAUUUGUAGAUGCCAUAUCUUCCAGGACAACCAGAAUAUCAAAUCCUAUAAACAUCAACACAACUCUUUCACACUUGCUUUCACCCUGGACUCAACCUGAGGUGACAUCAGUUGCCUCUCCCAUUUCUGAAAGCACACAGACCUCCCCAGAGUCCCUGUCUUUUUCCAUAACUGGACUGUCUAGUGCCAAUUUUACAAUUAUUUCUACUGACAGGGUCACUACAGCCCUUUCUGCUCCAAGUGUAACUACCGCACUUCUUAGGAAAACAUCUAUGGCAACGUCCAUUCCUAUCUACCAGAUGUCUUCACUGCCAGUUACUGCCUUCACCUCCAAAAGAGUUUCUGACACUCCUACAAUACUAAUGACCAAAUAUUCUAAAAUAACACAUGCAGAUUGUUUGAAAAGACACUCUAUAGCUACUUCUGGACGUGGGUCUGAGAUGUCCUCAAUGUCAGUUCAUGACUCUGCUUUUUCACCUCCAACUGUUUCUCCUGACAAUUCCACAACAGUUGGAUCAUUCUCUACUUUAUCGUCUUCAAUUACCCCUAGGACUACUAUAACCAUACAAACAUCUGCAUUGGAUGUCACACCUGUGACAUAUGCUGGUUCUACUUCAAAAAGCACAAAGGUUUCUUCUGCUUUUACUACUUCAGAAAUGACAGAGAUGUCCUCCCAGAUCACACCUACAUCCUUUUCCUCUCCAACAGAGACAACUUAUCCCUCUGUGAAAACCAUUCCAACCACUAUUAUGGCUGGGGUGGUGACUCCAUUUGUAGGCACCACUGACUCCUUUCUACUCAGUUCUGAGAACACUGAAGCUAUGUCUUCCAUUCCAAAGACCACAUUUUCACCAUUUUUAUCAACAUCCCCACAGUCAUUCCAAGGAGACAAGGCUACAACUCAGGGCAUAUUAACUGGAAUUACUAACACCUCCCUAUCUACUGUAAGCAGUGGUAGAGUAACAAUUUUCACAAAUACUUAUUCUAGAACUGCUGCUCCUAAAAGUGUGAUUUCAUCUAUUCCUUCAGAUAGUCUCCCUACUCCCUUGAAUAUUCAGGUUUCCCAAUAUUUGACUAGCUUUAAGAGCACUCCUAGACCCACACAAAGUAUAAAAGCCACCACUUUCUUUUCUUCAAAAACAAAAAAAAUGACUUCCUUGUCUGAAAAUACUUCAAGCACUGAACUAACAAAAGGUGCCACAUCUGUAAAUACCCCUAUUUCAUACCAUCCAUGGACUCCAUCCAGUGCAACUCUGCUCUCUUUUAAAACAUUUCUUUUUUCACCUCAUAGUACUAAAGCUGAAUUAUCUACUCCAAAGACUUAUCUUCCUCCUACAUCCCACAUGGUUGAAUUUCCAGUUCUGGGAACAAGAACCACAUCUAGUAACACCCAGCCUCUGCUUAUGACUUCCUGGAACAUACCCAUAGCUAAAGAUUCUCAAUUUCCAAUUUUUACCACUACUCAUGUGCCUACACCCAAGAAGAUGGAAACAGAGACUCCAUACCUUGUUCCUGGGUCUUUAUCAACAUUCACGGCCUCUAAGACUGGUCUUGUAUCUGGAAAUGUUAUGGCAAUAUCAUCGAUUUCUACAUCAGGAAUUCUUCCUACCUUGGGGAUGUCUGAGAGCCCUUCAUUAUCAAUAUCUUCAAGAACUAUUCCUACCACUUUGGUUGACAUUAAGCAGACAUUUGGUAAGACUAACAUAUCUGUGACUCCUGUGACCACACUCCCAUCAAAUCCUUCUUGUGCUACUUCGGGAUCUAUAAUUUCAAAAAAUACUACUUCACCCAUGCUGACAUGGGUCUUAUCUAGUCUCCAUUCAGGUUCUCCUCUGGCAACCGUAUCUAAUACUCCAAUUAUAACUUCCUCUGCAAUAGAGGUGCAGCCCACACUGGACUCCCUUCCAAAUAUAAGCACUACUACAUCCACAACUACUGAAGCCUCAUUUUCUCUCACAUCUACUGGAGUAACAUAUCCUCUUACAGCAACUGUGUUUUCACUGCUUUCUUCCUCUUUUGAGACAAACAGGCUGGACUCUACACCUUCCUUUCUAUCUACAGAAACAUUGACUUCUCCUAUUGCCAUUUAGUACACAGUUUCCUUUUAUAAUAUUGGAAUGAGCUUCUCUGUCUUUGAUGAAGAGCCAGCGAUCCCUAUUACCAGUAUUGUAAAUGAAUUAGCAGAAAAUUGGUUGAAUUCUAUAUUUCAGGACAGUGAAUUUGCUCUUUCUAAUCUGGCUAUUCAAAUUAAAAGCAGAGACACUUCUAAGGAAGAAAAAACCAUGGACCAAAAUUUUCGAGUAUGUACUUUUUUUUUGCUUUAUUUGGAACAGAGAGAAGGGCAAGAGAUGGCUACAAUUUCCCAUGCAUUAUACAGCUGUGUCUGUCAGGUCAUCGUAAAGGCCAACUCUUCUUUAGCACCCACUGAAUUGAUUAGCAGGAUUAAAAGUAAAAUACAUGGCAACCUCAUGCAUGGAAACUUCACACAAGAUCAAUUGACGUUAUUAGUAAAGUCUGAACAUGUUGCAGUGAAAAAACUAGAGCCAGGAAAGUGCAAAGCCGAAGAGACAACCUCUAAAUACAAAGGGACAUAUAAGUGGCUCUUAACCAACCCUACUGAUACAGCCCAAACUAGAUGCAUAAAAAAUAAGGCUGGAAACGCUACUAGAAUCUGCUCAAUCAGUAUGGAUACUGGCAAAUCUCAGUGGGAAAAACCAAAGUUUAAACAAUGCCAAUUGCUGCGAGACCUUCCUGAUAAGAUUGUGGAUCUUGCUAAUAUUACUAUCAGUGAUGAGAAUGCAGAUGAUGUUGCUAAGCACAUUUUAAAUUUGAUAAAUGAGUCCCCCUCUCUGGAUGAAGAAGAAACAAGGAUUAUUGUUUCUAAAUUAUCUGAUAUUUCACAAUGUGAUGAGAUAAGUAUGAAACUAACCAAGAUUAUAUUACAAAUAAUCGAUGCUGUUUUGGGAAAGCAAAACAAUUCAGUAUCUGAUCUACAUGAAGUAAGCAAUGAAAUUCUGAGGAUAAUCAACCAUGCCGGUCACAAGAUGGAGUUUUUGGGGAGGACAGCAAAUCUGACAGUGGCCAGCCUGGCUUUGGCUGUCCUGCGGGUGGACCACACAUUUGAAGGCAUGAUCUUCAGCAUUCGCUCCUAUGAAGAAGGUACAGACCCUGAGAUUUACCUAAGUGAAGUCCCUCUGGGGAGGGUUUUGGCUUCCAUAUAUUUGCCUAAAUCACUGAAGGAGAGAAUUCCUCUUAGCAACUUACAGACCAUCUUAUUUAAUUUCUUUGGCCAAACUUCACUUUUUAAGAUCAAUAACGUCACUAAUACAUUAACCACAUAUGUUGUGAGUGCCAGCAUUUCAGAUAUAUCCAUUCAAAACUUGGCUGACCCAGUAGUUAUUACUCUGCAGCAUAUUGAAGGAAACCAGAAUUAUGAUCAAGUUCAUUGUGCCUUUUGGGACUUUGUGAAGAACAAUGGGCUAGGUGGAUGGAAUUCAUCAGGCUGUAAAGUAAAGGAAACAAAUAUAAAUUACACAAUCUGUCAUUGUGACCACCUCACCCAUUUUGGAGUCUUAAUGGAUUUAUCAAGGUCUGCAGUGGACGCAGUGAAUGAGCAGAUAUUAGUACUUAUAACAUACACCGGAUGUGGAAUCUCCUCCAUUUUCCUAGGAGUUGCAAUGGUGACAUACAUAGCUUUUCACAAACUUCGAAAAGACCAUCCUUCCAAAAUCCUGAUCAAUUUGUGUGCCGCACUACUGAUGCUAAACCUGGUUUUUCUGUUCAAUUCUUGGUCUUCAUCAUUUCAGACAGAGGGACUUUGUAUCACAGCAGCAGUGGCACUUCAUUACUUCCUGCUCGUUUCCUUGACAUGGAUGGGCCUGGAGGCAGUGCACAUGUAUUUUGCUCUAGUUAAAGUCUUCAACAUAUACAUUCCCAAUUAUAUUCUUAAAUUUUGCCUAGUUGGUUGGGGGAUCCCAGCAAUCAUGGUGGCAAUCAUACUGAGUGUGAAGAAAGAUCUGUAUGGAACUCUGAGCACCACAUCUCCAUUUUGUUGGAUUAAAGACAAUUCUCUAUUUUACAUCUCAGUUGUGGCUUAUUUUUGCCUCAUAUUUCUCAUUAACUUCUCCAUGUUCUGCAUUGUUCUUGCUCAACUGAAUUCCAUAAAAUCCCAAAGCCAGAAGACUCGGCAGAAGAUGAUCCUAUAUGACCUCAAAAGCACAACAAGCCUAACAUUCUUACUUGGCCUCACCUGGGGGUUUGCCUUUUUUGCCUGGGGACCUGUGAGGAUCCUUUUCUUGUAUCUUUUUGCCAUUUUUAAUACUUUACAAGGAUUCCUCAUUUUUGUGUUCCACUGUGUGAUGAAGGAGAGUGUGCGGGAGCAGUGGCGGACUCACCUCUGUUGCAGGCAGUUGCAAUUGGAUAACUUUUCUGAUGGGAGCAGCAGAUAUGAGCUAAAUGUUGGGUAUAAACAGGAAAGAUUGAAGAAAACCUUCAAGCACAAAUUGUUGACACCAUCCCUCAAGUCAACUACAAGUAGUUCUACUUUCAAAUCUUUAGGCUCUUCACAAGGCACUCCUUCAGAAAUAAGCUUCCCAAGUGAUAACUAUGAUGAAGAUUCCUACUGUUGCUCUCCCUUGAGUUGUGAUGUUGUGCCUAAUUGUGCUGAGCUUAAAUUGCGUGCUUCACUGAGCAGUGAGAAGAAGGAUGUGGCAGAAGAAAGCCGCAUCUUCAGGAGCUCCUUGGUUUUGAUAGUGGAAAUGCCAUCUGUGUUCAAUCUACAAUAUGUGCAAGCUCCAAGCCAAUUAUGCUACAUCACUGAAUAUUCAGUCAAGGAGGCUCUGGUGCUGAUGGGGUAA